CACUAGAGGGUGGCAGGACUAGCAAAUGCUUAGGCAAUUCAUUCCCUUAAUUAUUUGCAUUUCAAGUUUUGUUUUAAAAAAGUGUAUUUGGUGGUGCUUUCAAUAACUUUGAGCUCAAACUGUAGGGGUCAGGCUUGAAGCUACAGCCUUCUGACUUAGAGUUGAGAGAGAGAGAGGGAGAGAGGAGAGAGCUUCCAGCUGAGCCAGGCUGACACCAGACUGUUGCUUGGAAAGCACUCCCUGUUGGCCUUUUGGCCUUUGCUGUGAGCCUGUGAGGCCAGCGAGUGGGACUCAGUUACCACAAGUGGCAACUGAGCAAAGGGAGCGUUGCAAAAGUUGUAGUAAAAGUGGAGAUCAAAGAGCAGGCGCCGAGCAUGCUACAAGCCUGGUACAUGGACGACUCUGCGGAGGAUCAGAGGAAACCUCACAAGCUGGAGCCUAACAAGCCGGUUUCACUGCAGCAGCUGGAGCCACUCGGGGUGCUCUACUGGAAGCUGAAUGCUGACAAAUAUGAGGAUGAUCCCGAGCUGCAGAAGAUUCGCAAAGAGAGGAAUUACUCCUGGAUGGAUAUCAUAACGAUACACAAAGAUACAUUGCCAAAUUACGAAGAGAAGAUUAAAUCAUUUUUUGAGGAACAUAUUCACUUGGAUGAAGAGAUUCGCUACAUAAUCGAUGGCAGUGGGUACUUUGAUGUAAGAGAUAAGGAAGAACAAUGGAUCCGAAUUGCCAUGCAAAAAGGAGACCUGAUAACACUUCCUGCUGGGAUCUACCAUCGAUUUACAUUGGACGAUAAUAACUACACGAAAGCUAUGCGACUCUUUGUGGGAGAUCCAGUCUGGACACCUUACGCUCGCCCAGCUGAGGAAUUUGAAGCUCGCAAAAAAUAUGUUCAAUUUCUUAAGCUAUCAGCCUAAGUGUCAGUUCUUCACUGAACCUGAUAACCUCUUCUCACUCGAUCCUUCACUUAACCCAUUAACCUCUCCUCACUUCAAUAUGAAACAAUAAUGAACAGGAGCACUUCACUGUUGGUUGCUAACAUAUCGUUUGGAACACUCUUCCAAAAACACUUUACUUUUCUCUCUCUCUGCUGUCAAAAUCCCCUAAAACAUUUGUUUCCCCACCUUUAAAAUCCUCAUAAAACUAUCUCUCUUUGA